UGCAGUGCUUAAGCGCACACAAUGUCACAGAGGCUAAACAUGUUCAGCCAAGUCUUAGUGCUGCUAUCGGCAACAACUUUAUUCUUUAUUGUCGACGCUCAUAUUACGAAUGUAUGGCCGAAUUGGUUGAAAUUGAAGAAGAUUGGACCUGAUGGUCGGAUCAUUGGUGGAUUGGACACAACAAUAGAGACGACACCUUGGCAAGUGUCGCUGCAAAGCUAUGCUAUGCAUUUCUGCGGUGGAGCCAUCUACAGCAGCAACAUCAUCGUGACAGCUGCCCAUUGUGUGGACCACAAGGAUCCACGAACUAUUUCGGUGCGCGUCGGCACUAAUGCCCACAACAUCGGUGGAUCGAUAGUUAAUGUGUCGGCAAAGUAUGUCCAUGAAAAGUAUUCAGAUCCUGAAGUACUCAAUGAUGUUGCCCUCCUCUUGCUGAGCUCUCCCCUUGAAAUGAGUGACAGUGUUAAGGCCAUUCCACUGGCAAAGUCCGAACCAAAUGACGGAGCAGCAGUUCUUGUCUCCGGCUGGGGACGGACUGAAACGGAAUACACUCCGCUCAAUCUGAAAAGUGUUAGUGUCAACAUUGUUGGACGCGACAAAUGCGCUGAAGUCUAUGGCAUCACCUGCAUCACGAAAGCCACAAUCUGUGCCGCUUCCCCGGGAAAGGAUGCCUGCCAAGGUGACUCUGGUGGUCCGUUGGUUCAUAAUGGCAAGCUAGUUGGUAUCGUUUCGUGGGGCAAUGGUUGCGCUGAACCCAAUUAUCCCGGAGUCUAUGCAAAUGUUCCGACGCUUCGCAAAUGGAUUGUGAAGGCCGCGAAGAAAUUGGGUUCAAAACAUAAAUUGCGAGCAGAAAAUUACAAAAUGUGAAGAAAUCAACACAAAUGUGCUUAUAAAAAAUACAACUAUCAAUAAUAAGUUACUCUGUUCGAAAUCGUAA